GCGCAAUCGAUUCUCGCGCAUAUGCUCCACGUAAAUGACAAGAGUCUACGUCAACAUAACCUACAACUUGGACGUGUGAUCUUUACUUUCCAAUUCCAAUAAUUCCGUGCACUAUAUAUCGGUCGUCUGUGAAUUAUUUCUUGAAAAUGGUGUCCGUCUUAAAUACCGUCGAUACCGGUCACGAAGACAUGAUACACGAUGCCGAAAUGGAUUAUUACGGUUUAAGGUUAGCUACUUGCUCAAGUGACAAUUCGGUGAAGAUAUUCGAUUUAAAGAAUGGCACUCAGAGUCUAGUUGCUGUUCUCAAGGGACACAUCGGUCCCGUGUGGCAGGUCGCAUGGGCGCAUCCCAAGUUUGGCAAUCUUUUAGCAUCUUGCAGCUAUGACAGAAAAGUGAUCAUCUGGAAGGAGCUUGGGGAAUGGACAAAGAUAUAUGAACACACAGGUCAUGAUUCGUCGGUCAAUUCGGUUGCCUGGGCGCCGCAUGAAUUUGGUUUAAUCUUGGCUUGUGGAAGCUCGGAUGGAUCAAUCUCUAUCCUUACAAAUACUGGAGAUACUUGGCAGACCCAGAAAAUAACAAAUGCUCAUACAAUUGGAUGCAAUGCAGUUAGUUGGUGUCCGGCAAUCGAUUCGGUUAUUGAUUCAACAAACUUAACUCAACAAAGGAGCGGUCCUAUUAAGAGAUUAGCCACUGGUGGCUGUGACAAUUUAGUGAAAAUAUGGAAAGAAGAAGGCGAUAGAUGGAUAGAAGAAAAUAAAUUAGAAGCACACAGUGAUUGGGUUCGAGAUGUAGCCUGGGCACCAGCUGUUGGACCAUCUAGAGCCGCCUUGGCAUCAUGCUCGCAAGAUCGCCGCGUGGUCGUGUGGACUUCUAACGAUUACACUAGCUGGACGCCAAAUGUUCUUAAUGUCUUUGACGAUGUAAUCUGGAACGUCAGCUGGUCGUUGACAGGCGGUAUCUUAGCUGUUAGUGGCGGAGACAACAAAGUGUCUCUCUGGCGUGAAAAUUCCGAAGGACAAUGGGCAUGUAUCUCGGAAUUGAAUAAAGAUCAAGGAAAUCUUAACAAUCCAGAUCAACGUGCAUUGUAAUGUCGUUAAUAGAAAUGUAAAAUUAUGACAUUUUAUACAAAUAAGCGUUGUAAAUUAACACAAUUUACUAUUAAGUAUAUCUUGGCAAACCUCAGAGUUAUUGCGAGUUAUUUACUAUUAGUAAUUGAAUAUUCGCAAACAUUUAACCAAAAUAUAAUAUCGCUUAAUUGUGAUUAUAAAGUUACAUUUUAUUAUACAAUUAUCAAAAAGUUAUUAAUAUUUUCAAGUAUCGUAUAUAUAAGUUUAUGGACAAAAU